AUGUUAGAGCCUGUUCUAAGCAAGUUGGCCGAUAAAUCUAUCAUUCUUGCAAGUGGAUCGCCUCGAAGACAUCACUUACUUAAUUUAAUUGGGUUGAAAUUUAAAGCUAUUCCCUCCAACUUUGAAGAGAAUCUUGACAAGAAUCUAUUUGCACUUCCGUCUGAUUACGUCAAAGAAACUGCAAAACAGAAGGCUAAAGAAGUUGCUUCUAAUUUAUUAGAAAAGGGUACUCGUGCGGAUCUGAUCAUUGGUGCAGAUACUGUUGUUGUUCUUGGCGAUCAAAUUUUAGAAAAACCCGCCGAUGAAAGACACGCAGCUCAAAUGCUUGCAAGCCUAAGUUCCAGAUCUCAUUAUGUUUGUACCGGAAUUACUCUAAUAACGGAUAUUGAAAAGGAGAGCAUGAACAUUGUUCAGUUUCACGAAAAGACUGAAGUCAUAAUGGGAGAGUUGAGUCACGAAGUGAUUGAAGCCUAUGUUAAAACUGGAGAACCUAUGUAA